AUGACUGAAACACAAGAUGAAUAUGAAUCCAAAUUUGAGGGAUGGAUUGAUUGCAAACUUCCUCCCAAAAAUAUCCCUCGAAAAGUACCUCCCUUACCAAAAUUCGAGGAUACUAAAUUCUCAACUAAUAAUAAAUGUCGAGUAUGCUUCAAUAUUGCUUAUCUUCCAGAUACAAGCGAAAAAUCGAAAGAACGAAAAAGACUUUAUUGUUAUUGUUUAGCGAUACAUUACAAUUUACUAACAAAAACAUAUAUGCGCUGCAUUUAUCAUCGAAAACCAUCAGAAUUUGAAGAAGAUCAUCAGCAUAUAUAUCAAAUACAAUGUGAAAAUAAUCCAUAUACGAGAAGAGAUUUAAUAAAACAAGAUAGAAAAUUACUUUAUGUUGUAAAAUUUGUUGUGGAUACCAACAUGUCAAUCAAUAUGGCCGCUUCAGGUGUACUAGAAGAUUUCGCCCGACAUGUCUACUCCACCUUCAAGGGAGUAAUCAAUUUUCAACUCAAGAUCCCAUAUAGAAGAGACGAGAUAAGGGAUGGAAUCAUUACAUUAGCCGACUUGGUAGCUCCAAAAAUACACGUUGAGCUUGACAAGAUGGGCUACUAUUCGAUAACAAUUGAUGCGGCAUCACACGGAAGCCGGCAUGGCUUUUUUGUGAUGGCUAGCAAUCCAGCAAAAAUGAAGAACCAUAUCUUCAUUGAUACUAUGAUCGCUGAUGGUUGGAAUGCCAGGGAUUACAAUAAUUUCUUUGAAUGUUUUACCUUCCCAAAGGAUUUCCUUUCUGCAAUUGUUGCCGAUGGAUGCCCCGCCCAAGUUAAAGGGCUGUGCCACUGGAGGAGAUGCGGAGCACUAUAUCCGGGUCUUCAAACCGUUUAUAUCCGAUGUGUUGCGCAUCUCCUCAACUUAGUGGUGAAGCAUACGGCAGACAAUUGUGCAGCUUUCGCAAUGCAAAUUAAUUAUUGCAAAGCGAUAAGCAAGGAGUUAUCGAAGCCGGACACGAGAAGGGCAUUGAAUAUGAGGGUUAUUCAUGUUCCGGAUCAUCGCUGG